AUGGCUGAAUCAAAAAAACCAACGGAUGAUAAAGAUGAACGAACAAAUGAUAAUAAAGAUAAACAAACAAAUGAUGAUGAUGAUAACGAUAAUGAUGAAAGUGUAUUUUCAAAAUUACAAGAUUUAAUGAAUAGAUUUUCGGGUUUAAUGAGUUCUUCAACUUCAGAUGAACCAGUUGAAGAACCUGUUUUGAAAUCAUUUGAUUUAAAAAAUGCAGCUGAAUAUAUGAGUAAAUGUUCAAAUAUUAUUGUAAUGGCUGGUGCUGGAAUAUCGACAAGUGCUGGAAUACCAGAUUUUCGUUCGCCAGGAACUGGACUUUAUUCACAAUUAUCAAAAUAUGAUUUACCAUCUCCAGAAGCUAUUUUUCAUUUGGAAUUUUUUCGAAAUAAUCCAAAACCAUUCUUUUUACUUGCUAAAGAACUUUAUCCACAAAAAUUUACUCCAACACCAACUCAUUUUUUUAUUCGAUUAUUAAAUGAAAAAAAUAAAUUAUUAAGAAUAUUUACUCAAAAUAUUGAUUCAUUAGAACGUAUUGCUGGUAUACCAUCAGAAAAAAUUGUUGAAGCACAUGGAACAUUUUUUACAUCACAUUGUUUAAAUUGUCGAAAAGAAUAUGAUUUGGAAUUUGUUAAAGAAGUUAUAUUCAAAGAUGAAAUUCCACAUUGUACAGAUUGUGAUGGUAUUGUUAAACCAGAUAUUAUUUUUUUUGGUGAAAGCCUUCCUGAUCGAUUUCAACAAUGUGUACAAAGUGAUUUUUCAAAAGCUGAUUUUUUGAUUAUUAUUGGAACAUCAUUACAAGUUGCACCUUUCAAUCGUCUUGUAUCCUUUGUCGAUAAAAAUUGUCCUCGUCUUCUUAUUAAUAUGGAACCAGCUGGAAAAGCAACAUCUAUUUGGGAUCUUGGAUCAUCUUCAUUAUUAUAUGAUACAAAUAAAAAUCGUCGUGAUGUAUUUCAUAAAAGUACAUGUGAUGAUGGUGUUACUGAACUUGCAAAAUUACUUGGUUGGGAGGAUGAUUUUAAUAAAUUACUUGAAUCUGAAGGAGUAUCAGUAAAAAAUGUUAAAGAAAAUUUAUCAACUAUUCCUAAUGAAACAGAAGAAAAUGCAAAUCAUUUAGCUGAACAAAUGGCUGCAGCAACAUUGAAUGAUAAUAAGAAAAAGGAAUAA